AUGGCUAGACUAGAAAAGCAAAUAGGGAGUCAGCUGAACAACUUUGAGCAAGUCAUGGGGAAGGUGGCUGAGGCCGUGAAUGUCGACGCCAAGAAGUAUAUGUCUCACAAACACCUAUUCACAGAGAACAUCAUCCAGGUGUCAUUGCACGAUAAGUACAAGCCGCCACCUAUUCCACUAUAUGAUGGAAGGAGUGACCCGAACAACCACUUGGAAAUCUACAUGGGGCACAUAGUCCUACACAGAUACCCCGAGGAGGUCAUGUGCUGUGCGUUCAGAAAUCAUCUUUCUGACUCCGCCAGGAGAUGGUUUAGGUCCUUAAAAUUGAACUCCAUAACCAGCUGGGAUGACUUGAAGAACGCCUUCCUGACUCAGUUUAUAGGUGUCAAAAAUUACAUCCCACCGAAGCAAAACCUUUCAAGGGUGUAUCAGGGACCAAACGAGUCCCUAAGAGAUUGGAUAGCCCGGUUGGGGGAACAUGUGGCCGCCACCGAGGGGAUUUCCGAUGAGGUAGCUUUGAUGGGGGCCUUGUCGAGCAUGAAGCAGGAUAUCCCGUUCAGUACAGAUCUCGACCGGAGACCACCCCAGACAUACCAAGAAUUCCUGGCAAUGGCCCAGGGAUUCAUUAACGCAGAGGAGGCCAAAAAGGCCUUAAAAAGCAAUGUGGUGGCUCCCACAAAAGAAGAAGGGGGACAGCCGAGCCACCAAAACAAUGGCAAGAAGCACUGA